AUGGUGCUGCGGAAUUUUUAUCACGAGAAACUUGGAGGCUUGGCUUCGAGGCGCCCAAUCUGUCUAGAAUGGCGAUCCCAUAAGGUCUUCAUCCUGUUUGUGGUGGCCUUUGCCAUGUUCACGGACAUGCUUCUUUAUGGACUGAUUGUUCCUGUGAUCCCAACAGUUCUCACUCAACGAGUCGGGCUAUCAGUAGCCGAAGAGCAAGGGUGGACGUCCAUACUUCUCGCCCUCUACGGGUCAACGUUAUUGGCAUUUUGCCCAAUAUCCGGUUAUAUAGCUGACCGCAUCCAAUCGAGACGAUGGCCGCUCCUCGUCGGGCUGGUGAUCAUGGGAGCCUCCACCGCCAUGCUCUGCGUGGGCUCCAACCUCGCCCUGUGGAUCACCGGCCGCCUCUUCCAAGGCGCCUCGGCUGCCGUGGUCUGGACCGUGGGAAUGGCGUUGCUCGCGGACAAUGUAGAAUCGGACGAACUGGGGGGCGCCAUGGGUCUCGCAAGCUCGGGAAUGACUCUGGGAGUGAUGGUUGGUCCUCUUCUUGGUGGUGUCCUGUAUGAGCACGCCGGCUACUACGCCGUCUUUGGUCUAGCAUUUGGCUUCAUCGGACUUGAUAUCUUCUUCCGCCUGGUUCUCAUUGAGAAGAAAGACGCCGCAAAAUGGCUGAAAGCCGAGAAUGAAAGCGAGAGCGACAGUGACACCGAACCCCAGAUGUCCCGACUCCCUGCAGAUCCAAUUGAUAGUAGUGAACGCGGUCUCUCCGCUCAUUCCACCCAGGAAACCGAAGCCUCCCCAGACUCCCCCUGCAGGCAGGAAUUCUCCACAGACACCUCGUCCACGUGUACCGCCAACUCGCCCGACCACAACGACCCCACGGCCAGUAUCCAUAGCAAAUCCGAAGACGCGCGCAGCCGCAACCACCGCAUCUCUCGCAGCAACACCGCCGCCGCCAGCACCAACAACAACACAGGCUCUGGCGGACGUCUUCUCAUACUGCUCAAAUCCCGACGUCUCGCCGUCGCCCUCUUCGCGUACUUCAUCCAAGCCACCUGCAUCAUGUGCUUCGACAGCGUCCUCCCGCUCUUCGUCCACGACACCUUCGGCUGGGGCCAGUCCGGGCAGGGCCUCAUCUUCAUUCCGCUCUCGCUGCCGCACAUCGGCGACCCGCUCACCGGCUUCAUCGUCGACCGCUGGCCUCGAUGCCGCAUCUGGCUGGCCGCCGGCGCCUUCCUGACCGCCGUCCCCCUGCUCACCUGCCUGCGCUUCGUCACCGAGAACACCCUCAGCGACAAAGCCGUCCUGUGCGCCCUCCUGGCCCUCAUCGGCAUCAUGGGCGGUAUCCUCGAGCCUCCGCUCAUGGUCGAAAUCACCUACAUCAUCGAGCAGAAGGAGGCCGAGUACCCGCAUGUCUUUGGUAAGGGUGGUGGCUUGGCCCUGGGCUAUGGUGUUAUGAAUGCCGCCUGGGCUGCGGGGAGCUUGAUCGGUCCGAUCUAUGGUGGGUUUAUUCGUGAUAAUGCGGGCUGGGGGACGACGACUUGGGCGCUGGCGGUGUUGAUGGGGGCGCCGGGUAUUUUGCUCUUGUUUUUGUUGAGGGAAUAA